UUGAAUGUACUAAAUCGAUUUUGUGAAUGUUCCAUCGGUAGUUGAUUGUGUCUAUUCGUUAUAAAUACAUUUUGCUCCCUAACAUGGCGUUGUGGAACGAACUGAAUCUUAUUCCCCCUACGCCUAUGACUAAAGUAGUUUCAUUGAAAAACAUACGAGCUGAUGUACUCCACUUAGCAAAUACGACUGUUGGCAUGAUGGAGUAUUUUUCGUCGAUGAAAACGUUCGAAACAGCCGCUGCAUACGUUUCUCGGUUUUGCCAUGUGUGGAAGUUGCCGUUUCGGAACAUGCACGGAUUUCAAGUGAUGCGACGACUAAACAAAACCCUACUCCGUAUCAAGGGUAUGAACAUUUUUUGGGAUGUCCAUAGCUUCCACGAGUUUCUUGCCGCAGACAACUACAUGGGGAAGGAAGUAAAGCUUCCUGUUCGUUCAAAUCUGGAAUACUUGCUCGUACGGCUACAAGGACUGAUCAAACUGUUUAUACGUGUCGUCUACCUCACUAAAGAUGCUGCAAGCUAUCAGUUAAAAUUGAUCAAUAUGGCUUUCUUCCUCUCUCAAAACUCAAUCUUUCUCGCGUCGAUGGGCGAGCUGUGGUCAUUGGCGCGUGAUGCAUGUCGAAAGCUGAAUGAAUUUUACACCGGCUUACUCGCAGGCCUUCGCAUUCUUCCCGAAUCCGACGAGCCCUGGUUACCGAACGGUUAUAACCUUCCAGCCAGCUUAGCAAAGUGGCUCGGCAGCGAGUGGGCACAGGAAAUAGUCUCGAAUGCUAAUUUACCCGCUAUUGACAUGCGUAAGGAAGCGACGCUGAUGACUCUUAUGAACGCGAGGGAAGACGGAGAUGAAGGUGUGGCACUCGAAAAAAUAAAGAGCAUCGUGGUAAAUGUGGAUAAAAAGGCCAAAAAACAGGAGACACCAGAGCGAAGAGUUAAAAUACCGAAACGUUUGUCAUUGGCUGACUUACCAACCGACGUUGAGGAGGUGGUCUCCACAAAGGAUAUAGCUGCGGUUGUUACUCCGGCGAAGAGAAAACUGGGAUCAGCAAAAUCGACUUUGAAAACUGGUUCCGUCGGGGAGGCGGUAGAUACAACUGUUCGUCCUGCGAAGCAACCUCGCCGCUUCGAUGCGAGCAUGCUAGACGGUCUUAAAUCCAAGUUCAAUGUGAAACAAUUUAUCGAAGAAGAGCGUGCUAAGCGUAGCGACAAGCUCAAACAGCCGAUAACCUGGAGAGUUUCCGAAGAUGAAUUUACUGACUUUUACGCGCGUCUGAUGAAAGAUUUGAAUCGGCUAUCAUCGGGCGAUUUUGUGAGCUUCUUUAAAAAAGAAUUUGUACAAAUGGUUGGGGAAGAGUAAAAUGUAUAAUAAAUUUGUCCUGAUCAAAAU